CAUAUUCAAUCUGCUUUGCUUUCCAUCCUUUCCUGGUAGUAUAUCGAAAGCCAAUAGGGCCGAGCCGACUUCGCCUUUUGCCCUUGUGACAAAACCCUAAUUGGCUAUUUUUCCCAAGGAGCUGGCAAAAUAAGGAAGCUCCGUCUAUCGUAGAUUUUCGGAUUACUUCUUCAUUUCCGUUCUCGAAUUGAAUCUGCUACUUUUCCCCUUUUCUCUGAACUUCAAAUUUGAUUAUUUGGUUGGAUCUUGUUUAUUUGUAUCAACUUCGAUCUGUGAGCUUAGAGGCAAUGGACGCGCGCAAGAGAGCCAGAGGCGAAUUUAAUCUUAAUGUUAAUGGCGGUUUCAAGAAAUCUAAGCCAGAAAUGGACUCGUUAUCAAGUGGUAUAGGAAGCAAAUUGAAGCCUUGCACGAAGUUUUUCAGCAUGGCUGGGUGCCCAUUUGGUGAGAAUUGUCACUUUCUUCACUAUUACCCUGGUGGCUACAAUGCUGUAGCCCAGCUGAUGAAUCUCCCUCCAGCCCCAGCUGCCAGGACACCAGCAGGGCCAGGGCCAUUGCCUGUCCAAAAUGGUGCAGCUGCAGUUGGCUUCAAAACAAAGCUAUGCAACAAAUAUGGCACUGCAGAAGGUUGCAAAUUCAAUGAUAAAUGCCACUUUGCUCAUGGAGAGUGGGAGCUUGGCAAACCCAUCAUACAAUCUCAAGAGGAACCUCGUGUCCUUGGAGCCCAUCCUGGUCGCUUUGGCACUCGAGCGGAGCCAGUAGUGCCGGGACUCGCUGCCACUUUUGGCGCCUCAGCCACCGCCAAGAUCAGUGUUGAUGCUUCUCUAGUUGGUGCUAUUAUCGGCAAGGGCGGAGUGAAUUCUAAGCAGAUAAGCUGGCAAACGGGUGCAAAGCUAGGCAUCCGAGAGCAUGAGACAGAUCCGAAUCUCAGAAACAUUGAACUUGAGGGUAGCUUUGAGCAAAUUAAGCAAGCGAGCGCAAUGGUGCGGGAGCUGAUAGUGAGUAUUGGAUCGGCAAGUGGUGGUGGUGGUGGUGUUACCGGGAAAGCAGCAGCAGCAUUAGGAGGAGGGGCUGGGGCGACAAAGGGCCAUGCCCCCGGGAGCAACUUCAAGACCAAGCUUUGUGAGAACUUCUCCAAGGGAUCGUGCACGUUUGGGGACAAGUGCCAUUUUGCUCAUGGAUUAGGUGAGCUUCGGAAAGCAGCAGCAGGGAUAUGAUAUGAUAUGAUAUGACAUGAGGUGACGUGAUGUGAGGGAAGGAAGUACAAGUGAAACAAGAAUUUUGGGGGAUUUGGGAUAGGAGUUGCUUGUAGUAGCCGCUGUUGCUGUUGAUGUUGAUUGGUGUUUAGUGCACUCGCUAUAUAUUUAUUAUAAUAAUAAUAAUUAUUAUUAUUAUUAUUAUUAUGACACUGGAUAAACGUGUUAUCAUUGGUCGUGUAUGUUUCUUACAUGCAAAUGGGGAUGUAUAAAAUACUCCCCAACAUGAUGGGUGAUGGUGAUGGUGAUGUUUUGCAGUUUCGGGUGGGGGAUGGCAGUGCCAGUGGCCUUGUAUUCGUUCUCUCUCUGUCGUUGCAGAUUGUCUUUAUGCAACACACGUGCAUGCACUAUUAGUGUGCCUGUGCGUGCUUGUCUAUAAGAUUUGUCUCGAGUGUUUGUUUGCUUGCCUGCAAUGGCACCAAUGGCGCGUUCUGAUACAAGAAUAUGCACCAAAUUAAAGGCAGCGGCAUUGCAUUUGUUUGUUUGUUUGAUUGAUUGAUUGAUGUGUGCAUAAAGCAAAGAAAAAAACAGAAGCAGGUUUUUUGAUGCUAUCUCACUCCGUUGCCCCCCGCCUCCUUACAACCGAACCCACCCACGCAUCGCAAAGGAUGCAGACGACUUCCUUCCUUCUUCUUCUUCUUCUUCUUGUUCUUCUUCAUGCAUAUGUCAGGUUCUAGCAUAGUAGCACAUCGAAAUUUGAGAGCUAGAGAACGACAAACAAAACACAGUUGCAUUCAUUACAUGAGACGAUGGUCGGUGCCUGCACUGCACUAAGCAGUAGUGCAAACACAACACAGACAAGGCAAGGGGAGACGGACAUUACAGAAACCACACAUGAGAACUGAAUUGAGAAGCCAGCUGAU